AUGCGCGUCAAGCAAGGCAGUACAAGCAUAUCAGCUCUACGUAGCGUCGCUUGGAAUGCGACCGGUUCAAGACUCGCGACAGCUUCUGCGCAUGGCACUGUCUCUGUUUGGAAUCCUGAACGCGCUAGUACUGCUUCAUAUUGUUGGGAACUGAAAGGUCAUGCGAUGAGUGCUGAACAAGCAGCUUGGGAUCCAACGCAUGCUGACCGACUAUGUUCUGUUGCAGCGGACAAGACAUUACGGGUGUGGGAUUAUCGCAAUACGCAACAACUGGGGCUCGUUGACUUGAAAACGGCGGGUUACCGUGUUGCUUAUGCGCCUGAUGGGAAGCAAGUGGCCGUGGCGACUAGAGAUGGCACGAUCCUUGUGAUUGAUGUAACAACAAAACAAAUCCUACAAACAUGGCAGGAAGAACGGACGGGUGUCAAUGAGCUUGUUUAUUCGCAUGCAGGCACACUGCUUUGCUUGUGCAUGCAAUCUGGCUGUGUGCGCGUCUACGAGACUGCCUCGUGGUCUUUUCUGCAUCAAGUCGGCAGUUCUACAGCUGCUGUGUUGUGUCUUGAAUUCGACCCGAGAGGCCGCUACCUCGCUGUUGGAGGUGCGGAUUCGAUUGUGUCGCUUUGGGAUCUCGAGGAUUGGACGUGUGUCCGGACAUUCUACAAGAUGAGCCAUCCUGUGCGCUCAUUGUCAUUUAGCCAUGAUGGCAGGUACCUCGCUUGUGGCUCUGAGGAUCUGUUCAUUGAUAUUAGCAGUGUGGAAACGGGCGAGCAGGUUCACAAGAUUCCAACGACGUCUGCUGUGUGCAGCGUCAGCUUCAAUCCGUUCAAAUACGUCCUGGCCUUUGUCACAGACGACAAGGCCCUGCGUAUUGCGUCGUAGCCAUUCAUAGAGACAAUUGAAUAGGAUUGAUGCUGCUUUGUGC